AUGAAGUUCUCUUCCUUCUUCGGUUCAGCUCUGCUCGCCACAGCAGCCAUUGCCGCUCCUCUCACUGAACAGCGACAGGCACGUCGUGGUCUCAGUCGCAAGAGCAACCCUCCCAUGAAGCCUGGUACCACUGAGGCCAUCAAGCUGAAUGGGACUUCUCAUGAAGAGUACAGCUCCAACUGGGCCGGUGCCGUUCUCAUUGGCACUGGCUAUACAGCUGUGACUGCUGAAUUCACCGUUCCCACCCCAAAGCUUCCAACUGGUGCCUCAUCGCGCCAGCAGUACUGCGCCUCUGCCUGGGUCGGUAUUGACGGUGAUACCUGCUCCACUGCCAUUCUUCAAACUGGAAUCGAUUUCUGUGUUCAGGGAAGCAGCGUCACCUACGAUGCUUGGUAUGAGUGGUACCCUGACUAUGCCUAUGACUUCUCUGGCAUCCCAAUCUCCGCUGGAGAUGUGAUCAAAAUCACCGUGGACGCUACCUCCAAAACCGCCGGUACUGCCGUUGUCGAGAAUGUGACGCAAGGCAAGACUGUCACCCACACUUUCAGCGGUGGUGUCGAUGGCGAUUUGUGUGAAUACAAUGCCGAGUGGAUCGUGGAGGACUUCGAGAGCAAUGGCUCGCUGGUUCCAUUUGUUGACUUUGACUCGGUCACUUUCACCAGUGCUUCGGCUACCAAAGGAGGACAGAGUGUCGGUCCGUCCGGCGCUACUCUCAUGGACAUCAAGCAGUCCUCCUCUGUUUUGACUUCUUCUUCUGUCACCGGAAACAGUGUCACUGUCAACUAUCUUUGA